CUUCUUUGGUUUCCUGCCCCCCGGAGAGUGAAAGAUGGCUGCCAACAAGGAACGCACUUUUAUUGCCAUCAAGCCAGAUGGAGUCCAGCGCGGCCUCAUGGGGGAAAUCAUCAAACGGUUCGAGCAGAAGGGUUUUUACUUGGUUGCCAUGAAGUUUGUGCAGGCUUCUAAAGACUUGCUCAAGCAGCACUACAUCGACCUGAAGGAUCGGCCAUUUUACCCCGGACUGGUUGAUUACAUGAGCUCUGGCCCCGUUCUUGCCAUGGUCUGGGAGGGACUGAAUGUGGUAAAAACUGGCCGAGUGAUGCUUGGCGAGACCAACCCUGCCGACUCCAAGCCUGGCACCAUCCGGGGAGACUUCUGCAUACAGGUUGGCAGGAACAUCAUUCACGGCAGCGACUCCGUGGAAAGUGCCAAUAAGGAAAUCGCCCUGUGGUUCGAAGACAAGGAGCUGGUGGAGUACAAAUGCUGCGCGCACGAGUGGGUGUACGAGAACUGAGCCCCCUUCUGCCUUCCGUUACCUCUUUACUCCAAUAAAGUGUUACCAUCCUGCC